GGUUAGAACUAGUUUUGACCCGGAAGUGAUUACGCGAAAAAUAUUUUCAAUGACAGUAGAACAUGUGUUAUGAACAUUUCAACCGUCUUUUUGCGUAAAUCAUUUACAGAGAAAUGGCUUCUCCGAACCAUAGCCCGGGUGUAGAAGGGGCGGUCAGGGUAACGGCUUCGCCAGCUGGUAAAGUACAGACGUUGGUUUUGGCUUCUAGCCUGGCCGGGCUCCGCGGUAAGAAGAGACCUGCUAACACCGCCACCUCUCCUGCUGUACUCGCCAGUGGGAACAACAGCAAGAAGAAGAAAUGUCAGCCCAUCGCAAACCCAACACAAGCACAGGUGACUGCAGUGGAGGCGGUGUCUGAGGGGAAGGCAGUGGGUGUGUCUGACGCUGUAGGUCCAGCCACAACGGAACCAGCAGCCAAACCGCUGCCCUUCAAAGACCCAAUAUUUGUGCAUUCAGGGAUAGGGGGAGCUGCAGCAGGAAAAAAGAACCGGACCUGGAAAAACCUGAAACAGAUUCUGGCAGUGGAACGGACUCUACCCUGGAAGAUCAAUGACCCCAAUUACUACAGCAUCGAUGCCCCUCCCUCCCUGAAGCCAGCCAAGAAAUACUCAGACAUCUCUGGACUCCCCGCGAACUACACUGACCCCCAGACCAAGCUGAGGUUCACGUCAUCUGAGGAGUUCUCCUUCCUGCGCCUGCUCCCCACUGACGCCGUCACCGGUUACCUGGCGCUCCGCAAGGCCACCUGCAUUGUACCCUGACCGCAAGGCCUGCUGGGAGAUGGGAGUUCAGCGUAUGUCUGUCAUGGCCUGGGAGGGACAUUGACCAUUAUGGGGAACAAUGUCUAGGAGGUGUCAGACUCUCAGGGAGAGGGACCAACAGGUACUGUUACAGAGAGAGGAUCCAAUGGAUACCUUUGGUCCCCUUUCGACAACAAGGGAAGCGCCUCUAGUGUCGAGAGACUAUCACUCCCAAUCUGGCUGACGUCAUGAUGGGGAUGUCUACACAGACAUUUUGAGCUAGCUACUGUCUACUUAGAUAUUUUGAGCUAACUACUGUCUACACAGACCUUUUGAGCUAACUACUGUCUACACAGACCUUUUGAGCUAGCUACUGUCUACACAUCUGAGUUGGCUGUCUACAGGAAAAACAAUAGAGUGAAUAACUUGACCUUACUAUGAUGAUUGCUCCUUGAUCUGUCUGAAAUCAUAUUUGUGUUUUAUGUUGCUGUAUGAUGAUAGUGUUGCUACUUGUUUUAUCUGCCCUCUGUAAGAUAACACUCAACAUAUUGUUACCUGUUUUUUAAUGUAUUUAAAAAACUAAAUACUUAUCAUCCUUAAUGA